AUGGAGGCCCAUUCACUUGCCUCCCUAAACCUGCUGGCGGCGAAUCCGCCGCAAUAUCCCGAAAACCCGUCAGAGACAAGACUAGAGCCUUUGGUGCUCUACAUCUCCAGAGUUCCUGGCACCAGAGAUGUUAUUCUAUCACCUUUCAAACCUCAGAUCAAGAAUGUCACAGGCGGCGAUGUCUCCAGCAGCCUCUAUUAUGUUCAUCUCGAGAUCCCAAUGCUGGAUAUAACCGGCCCUCAGCCAUUGAGAGAUGACGCGCAAGGUAGAUCCAGCGAGGACAGCUCUAUGACGAGGACGAUUGCUCGGAAGCCGGUGCCCGGAUCAAUCUCAUCCCAGACUCCCAAUAUCUCGAUACAGGGUGAUCAGCAACAGCAACAACAACAGCCUCAGAUUACUUUUGGAAACCCGACGUUGCGACCACCAAACGAAGUUAUUGUACCUUUCAACUCGCAAGAUGCCGACUAUGCACCCCCUCUUCCCCCCAGACAAUACGAAUGGUCGGGCUCGGGAUUCACAGAGAGCUCUUCCCAGCAUAAUGCUCCAGAUGGAUCACAGCAGUUGCGCCCAUCUGCCUCUAGACGCAAGCCUGUCGGGCCACGGCAGCUGAGCGAUAUACCUCAGAGUCGGGUCUCCAUGGACGAAACGGCUCGUUCUAGAGACCAAACCAGGGAUCGAUCAGCUACUAUGGGACAUACUAGGCAAAGUCGCUCUCUAUCUCCAAUGAAGAGCAACGAGUAUUCUACGCCACCCUUUACCUUGAGCCUGAUAAGGAGGGAUCCAGGUACAGGAGAUCAGUGGAACGUAGGCAAAAUUUCGUCGUACGAGGUGAAUACAGAGGUUGGGGAAACAGGCCAGUCUGCCACGUAUCUCUCUGCAUCCUCGGAACAGCAGUCUCCUCGACAUCCACCAAUCGAUAUUCACAUUGAAAGCGCAGGAUAUGCCAAGUUCCGUGGAAGGCCAUCAAGCGCCAUUCCCCCUAGGAGGAGCAUGGAUGCCGACCGAUCAUUCAUGGACAUGGCACCAGGCCCACGAGCCGAUGGGAUGUUCUCCAGACAGGUUUCCAUGGCGUACUCGAGAAGUUUCGGCUCUGCCAUGCGGUCCAAAUUUCAUCAGAUCGAGCAGGCGGCUCGGAAGAAGGCACACAAUCGAAGCGAGAGCGAAGCAUCGGCCAAUUCGUUCAGCUCCGGAGAAUACAAGUCCGGAUCGCCGACAUCUUCACGUCCUGACAAGAUGAAGCCGAGAGGAUACACCUUUACAAGCCCCUGGGGUGGUAGAUGCGAGUUUCGCACGGGGAACGGCGGCCGAAGCUUGCUGUGCCACCAUUUCUUGCAUGAGGGCGAAGUCGGAGCGUAUAAUCCGUUGGUCCCCGAGGCGAGUCCGUCAAGGUCGUCCACCGUUGUCAGCGAGUUACGCUUCAAUCUUCCGGGCUCUGACUUGUUCCCCUCUGGUGAAGUCCCCAAGGGCGACGACCGCCGUCUUGGCCACUUUAGCAAGUUCAUCAAGUCGGCCAUGGAACGCUAUGAAGAUAGAGACGAAGACGACGUAAUAUCACCGUUUGACGUAAACAUAGGCGGCGAGAGAGCUGGAGGAGGCAACCGCGGCAAGCGGGCCAAGCUCGGGAAGCUCAUCAUAUACCACGACGGGCUGAAGAUGCUCGAUCUGCUGGUGGCAGCCAACAUGGGGCUGUGGUGGGGGACAUGGGAAAAGAGCUUCUGA